UCUCUCCUACCUACUCAUCAUCACAAACCUUCUCUUCCAGGUCUUCUCCCUUUCAAAAAAACCAUGGAAGGACAUCAACAUUCCUCCUCCUCUACCACCACCAUCACCACCACUACAGAGACUUCGAUGAGAUUCGUCGAGGCCAAAAAGGUUAAAUCAACCAAGUUUGACGCACAUACGAAAAACCAGUCCAGGAAGAUCACCAAGAAAGCAGCUAUUCAAACUGACAAUAGUACUGCAAAUGGGAGUAGCAAACACCCAAGUUAUAGAGGUGUGAGAAUGAGAAGUUGGGGGAAAUGGGUAUCUGAGAUUCGUGAACCGAGAAAGAAGUCAAGAAUUUGGCUCGGCACAUUUCGUACACCGGAAAUGGCAGCUCGAGCUCACGAUGUUGCUGCUUUAGCCAUUAAAGGAAAAUCAGCAGUUCUCAAUUUCCCAGAGUUAGCUUCAGAACUUCCUCGAGCCAAAAGUGCGUUGCCUAAGGAUAUCCAAGACGCUGCUCUGAAAGCAGCGUUGUUGUUUGAGCCAAUAAAUGAAGCAGCAGCCGAUGAAGCAAAGCCAAACCAAGACGAUCCAAUACAAUUUUCUCACUCGUCCCCGACUACUACAACGUUAUCAAAUGAUACACAAGAAUCAUCCUCCAUUUCUCAAUUUCUGGAGGAUGACGACACAUUGUUCGACUUACCGGACUUAUUUAACGAGGAUCAUGUUUCUGAUUCUUCGACGCUAAUUGACCGGUUUUCUCGCUCAACAUCAUGGAUGCCAGCUGGAGCUGAGUUUACCUUCCGGCUUGAGGAACCAUUCUUAUGGGAUUUACAGUACUAGCUGCAUAACCAUAUUCUUGUACAUUAAAAGAAAAAUCUUUAAGUGUCAAAUUUUAGCUACUUAAAUUUAUUUUAAUAUAAAUUUUGGAUGAAUAUGAACACGAGAGUUCUUGUAAAAAUGAUUCUUUGCUUCCCAAUCUCCAUUUCCUUCAUUUAGAUAGAUUAAUGUAUUCAAGAUUUGUAUAAAAAGUACUCCUCGUUAUUUUUUAAUAUGACAUUUUCUAUAAAUAAAUAUU